AUGCCCGAGGCCUCACAUCCUACUCAUCUUGACCCCAGCGAACUCGGGACGAAGGAGUACUGGGACGAAUACUACGAGCGAGAUCUAAAUGGCGGCGAUGAGGCAGACGAAGAUGACAGUGGCGAAGAACCACCCGACCCAUCAGAAUUAGACUCCUGGUUCGACGACGUCGACGCUCCAGCCAAGACACUCGCGUUCCUCACAUCAACGACGUUCCCUCUGUCGCCCAACUACUCUGGACGGGAGAACGACGAACUAGACCGGCUAGACAACGCCUCCCCUGCAGUCCUCGACCUCGGUACGGGGAACGGCAGCGCGCUCUUCUCCCUCCAUCUUCAUGGAGGAUACACUGCCGCUCGCGUGGUCGGGGUCGACUACUCGCGCAGGAGCAUCGAGCUGGCAGAGAAGUUGCGUCUCCAAUACUCGGCGCAUUGGGCCUCGUCACCUACCCAUGAGAAUGAGACUGCAUCCGCAACGGCAGCCGCCCCGCUACACAACAUAUCCUUCUACACCUUCGACGUGAUAAACGAGGAUCCGAAAGUCCAAGAGUGGUGGCCGCGAGGCGACUCCGACUGUGAUCCCGACUCCACCACGGACCCAAUCCCGAAGGGCGCGGGCUUCGACCUCGUCCUCGACAAAGGCACGUUCGACGCCAUCUCGCUCUCCUCGGACCGGGCUGUAGACCCCACCAAAGGCCUGGAGCGACGGAUCUGCGAGCUCUACCCUACAAAGGUCCUCGCCAUGACGCGCCUGGGCGGGUUUCUGCUCGUAACUAGCUGUAAUUGGACGGAAAGCGAGGUCAUUUCGUGGUUCACCGGCGGCGCGGAUGGCGCGAAUAUUGUUGCCCCGCAGCAGGAGCAGCGGGAAGACAGCUCUCCUAGAUUUGAGGUCUACGAUACGCUCAAGUAUCCGGUCUUUGAAUUCGGGGGGCAGAAGGGCCAGGGCGUGGCGACUGUGUGUUUUAAGAAGGUGGCGGGACGUUGA